AUGGCGGACGAGAGCAAGAUGACGACGGUGGAGACGGACGUGACGACGGAGGGCGACUCCCAGACCACCAAGACGGUCGCGCGCACCACGACCACCACCACGCGCGUGGUCUCCCCCUCCCCCGAGGCUCCCGCGUCCUCCGACUCGGUGCUCGCCAAGACCUCGCCGCUUCUCGCCGCGUACGAGGCGUGGGUGGGCAGCCACACGGGCCUGGCCCGCAAUGUGGAGACCACGCUGUACGUGGCGCCGCAGCUGGUGCCGAAGCGGGUGAUGGAGCCGGAGGUGGCCACGCAGUUCGGCUACUCGCUGGUGGGGCUGCUGCACCUAUACCACGACUACGUGCUGUGGAAGAAGGGCAAUACCGAGCAGGAGCCGCCGACCGGCAGCCAGAAACUGACGCGGUUGGUUCGGGUCCCGCUGUCGCUGAUCUCGCACGUGCAAGUGCUGGCGGAAGUCGUCGCCCGCCGAGUCGGUGGAGACGUGGGCAAGUGGCGCCUGAUCGUGUGGGUGGAGGUCGUGAAGAGUGUGCUCCGUCUCGUGCUGCUUGCACAGCGCCGUCGUGCCAUGAUGAUCCGUGGCGGCAAAUACAAGGGCGUGGAAUCUGCUCCUCGGCCAUCGGCGUUCGCGCGCUUCAAGAAGCCGAAACAGCCUGGUUCCCGCACGGGCAAGACCUUCGGAAAACCUGCGGUGUCGGAGCCUGAACCGAUGAAGGAGAAGAGUGUCGAGGAAGCCCCCAACAAAAUCAUGUUUGAGGACGCAACGAUUGAAGUUGCGGAAGGCUUGCGAGAGGACCUCCUUGUAGCGGGAGAGAUCUGCCACAUUUUGCGGCCUGUCGUGUAUGCACUGCUGCGUCGUCGUCGACCGGAGACCUCGUGGACACCUGUGGUUGCAUCGCUUCUCGUUGAACUGUCUGGUUUGGCGCUAUCUGCUGCAGCUGUCAAACCGGUGGAACCGAAGAAGACUGUCACCGCUGACGAGGCGAAGGACGAAAUUGCAGCCCGAAAGAUGGCUCUUCUUCUGUAUUUGCUUCGCGACCCAGUGUUUGCAACUGUCACGAAGCCUGCUACUGGAAAGGCUGCUGACGUGCUCGACUACGUGCCACUCGUGGGCAAGCUAUUCCGCUUUGGCACGACUGCUGUGCUGGACUACUACCACCAGUUCCACUUCUACACCUCGGCGUCGUAG